AUGGCAAGUCAUACACCUGGAGACUGGCCGUCCCCGGAACCGCCGUCUCCGGAGUCGCAGCUCUCGGAGAAGCCAUCAGUGAAAGAAGCCACAGACGAUGACCCACCCUCGACGACCGAGUCUGAGUCGACGGACGAGGUACAGUCAGAUCACCAUGAACUUGACUCCACAUCCCUCGAUACGAAAGGCAAAGGCAAAGCGGCGGUGAAGAACAGACACAGAGUAUUGCCCGCAGAGAUACUUGAAAGUAUCCUCUACCUCGUUGAUCCCGAAACCUUUGCCUCUCUUAUCCUCGUCGACCAUGCCUGGCGCGAAGCAUCGCAGACCCCACAUCUCUACGCACAUCAGCUUUCACGAUGCCCGUCCUAUGCAUUCAACAAUUUGGUCGCGGACGCUGGGCCAUUCACGGAGGACAGUCUACCAAACUUGAAAAAUAAAUUCGCGCAAGAGGUCAAGCGCAAUUUGUUUGAAGUAUUUUUACACCCAAAGAGGACUGUGAUCAGCUUGGUGUCUACCACUACGACAAGCUCUUCGGCUGCAUUUCCCAGCGGUGAAGCUUUCGACUUUGCUUUUUCGCCUAACGGACGGUGGACGUUGGCCUUGUCUUCGUCAAGAAUCUACCUGCUCGAUACAGGCUCGGCAUUGAUUUCAGUGGUGAGGGAGCUCAAAGUCUUUCGGAGACCGAUUGCAGCUGCCAUACUUGAUGAUGGAUCCACCUUGGCCGUAAUAUCAAGUAGUCAUGCGAAUCUCUACAGCAUCUCAAAUCAAACUACAAAACACGUGCGCUCGAUUUCACUUGGAAGCGUACCUCAUGCCUUGGCUUUGACGCCUAAAGGAGAGGUCCUUGCAGUUGCCUUUGAAGGGGGCGUUGAGCUCUACUCUUUGGCAACGAGUGCUAGCGAGGUGGAUAGGAGAUCUGUCAAAUGCGACUGGGUGGAUAAUCUUACUUUCAACAAUGAUGGAACCGUGCUUCUCGGCACUACACGAAACAACCGAAAUUCCUAUACAGUAGUAUUGACUGCACCAUACUAUGCAGAGGAUAACCAAGAUCUUCCAGUCGCAGAACAAAUCAGCCACAUAUGGACGUCUCAGAUCAUCUUUCCCAACAGCAGCCGCGAUUGUAGCCAUGCGGCACUGCUCUCAAAUCGGUCUGACGGUGAUGCUACUUGGACGUUCACAUUUGAUCGUGUCUUUGAGAGCUUCAGAGCUGUGAGGACGGACGAUCUACGAAAUGGCACUACGUAUUUCACAGGACCCAAACGCCCACGACGUAAGAAUUCAAACCCGUCGAGAAAGCAUCUAGCUCCCUGCACGUUACCUACAGCAAGCCACACUGGUGAUUUAGUAGCUACUGGGUUUUUAGGAAAGGAUAUCUGGCUAUACGGAGUACCCCAAGGGCUGGAUGUGCCUGUGAUGUCACAAGGAGAGGACCCAAACAGUGCCUCUGGUCCACAAACGCCGGCCAGCGCACCCCGGAGUCCUAUCAGGUCAUCAUCCAGAGGAGAAGCUUCCCAUCGGAGAGACCUUCCUAACUGGGAUGUCUUAGUGGAUAAGUACAAGAAUGUCUUCGCUAAGGGUCGGCGAGUGGUAGAGAUUCCGGGGGCUACAGGUCUUAGCUGGGUCGAGCAGAAUCAUCAGCAUGAUUCUACGUCAUUGCAAGAGCGGCUGAUCGUGGCUGCGCCGGGUGGUGUUGUAGGAGGAGACGUCGAUCUCGAACAAGACGUAUUUGCUUUUGUCGAUGGUGGACGACUCAUCAUCCUAGACUUUGAUCGUAGAAGUGGAGAUGGUGGAGUCGAAGAACUCACGUUUGAAGUCGGCACAGAGACACCGGAAACCCUGGAGGAGGAAGAGAUCGACCUAGAGGUGGAAGUCGAGAUUGCUCGACGUCGAACUAGACGAGGCCCAAGGCCAGUGAUGACAAUUGUCGAUGCACUUGCUCCCUCACCAGAGGUACCACCACUUCCUCCAACUGCCAACGCAAUCGCCAACAUGCGUACUCAAACCCGAGGACCACAAGCCAUCGUGCGACCUCUCGCAAUCCCCAAUACAAUGGCUGCACCCAAAAACGAUUCGCCUACCUUGAGUCCUGAGGAAGCCUCGGAGGCUUUUGAUGGGCCUUAUUCCCCUGACCACCCCAGGUCCCGGACCUCUCUUUACCGGUCGGCUACAGCUGUAGCUGCAGAACGCGAACGCAACCCACCUCGUAUUGUCGACGAAGCAAGGAUUGAAUAUAGACGUGCCAACGGCCGUGGAGAGCUGCCACAUGAAAGUGAUGCUGACAAUUGGGUUCCUCCACCACCACCAUAUGCGCCUAACGCGGAUCGACCCUUACCUGAGCACCUCCUGAAAAGUCUACAGCCCCUACCAAAGAGCCAGUCAACUCUACCAAAGCUACGCAGCGGUCGGCCUAAGCCGCAACGUGCUAAUACGAUGUAUGAGAACGCAGCUUCGCGCCGCAUCAGCUCAUUAGCAGAGCGAAGGUCCGCCGCCUCUCGUCCGCAGAUGACAAUCAGCUCUCGCUCUGUGACUGAAAGUCUCGAUCAACUUUCCGGGCCUGUUAGCCCUGUCAGCACGAACUACACCGUUGGCAACAAUAGUGAUCCUGAUAUUAGUCGCACAUCGACAACCAUGUCGAAACGACGUCCCAUGUCAGCGUACGUCGGUCGAAUGGCUACCUCAAUUCGGAGACGAAGCAAUCCUCGGCUCCGACCAGACAGCUCAGAAGAAGUCGUACCCCCCUCCCACCGCCCCGUCUCGCCGAUGACGCGACAAGGGUCUGACUCACCGCCUCAAAUAUCUUCAAGUGCUCCACAAAUACCACUUCCCGAUCUCCCGGCCAUCCCAUCCAUGCCCAGCGCCGAACAACUUGCAAACCUCGAAAACCGGUUCCGUCAAGCGCCGUCUCCAAACCAGGGCCGUCAUCGACCACCAAGUCUCAUCGCCUCCGGGGAUCGAAUCCCAGCUCCUCCACCUGGCGCUCUCGGUGCUGCUGGCAGUCCAUCCCGGAGACCAUCACGAGAGGGCAUGCCUGGUCUAAUGGCCGGCUCUAAUCCUGGUGCUGUCCGCUCAUCGCCGUCUCUGCUUCGACCAGCUGCUCAGCGUCUCCACACCAUUGACAGCAUUUCUUCGAAGCAGAGUCGGUCGAAGAGUCGUUCGGGUUCGAGGGGGCUGCAGAGUGCCGGGAGCGCGGGUGCGCCGAAACGAAGUCAGAGUUUUGGACCAGCGUUGAGGUUGGAUAGAUUGAGUGCGGGCGCUGGUGGGGAGAGGAGGGGUUUCAUGGGUAUGAAGAAGAGGGGGAGGAAAGGGAAGGGUGGGGAUGGGGUGGGCGAUAGUGAAGAAGGUGGAGGUGGUGAUGGAGAGGGUGAGAAGGACGGGAAAUGCGUCGUUAUGUGA